ACCCCCCCCCCCCUCUCUCUCUCUCUCGUCUUUUUGCUCUUUUUCUCAUUUCUCUCUCUCUCUCGCUUGUCUGCUCUUCUCCCUCUCUAUCUCUCUCUGUCUCUGCAGCAGAGCUUCGGAGAGCAGAGCUCUGAUGGUGGAAAUGAAAGCCUGGAAAAGGAGGAACUGAGAUCUUCUGGUAUAAAAUCUCUGUCAUAUGCAAAUCAGGUGGGUUCCCAUUGUAUGUGAGAAAUCUGGGAGUAGGAUUUGGUGAUUGGCGAGCGAAGAAAGAGAAGGAACGAGUUAAAUUUAGGAAGGAUGUUGUCGAUGUUUGAAGAAAUCGGAAACAUGGAAUUCCUGCCAUUCUCUGCCGCCGAGGGCGAUAUCUUGCCAGAGAACGAAGCUGAAAUCUUACAAGACGAUGACUAUAGCGAAGAAGAUGAGAUAGAUGUAGAUGAAUUGGAGAGGAGAAUGUGGAGAGAUCGGUUGCGGCUGCGACGCCUCAAGGAACAGAACAAAGGAAAGGAUCCCAAUGACAUUGCCAAGCAGAAGCAGUCUCAAGAACAGGCGCGGCGAAAGAAGAUGUCGCGGGCCCAGGAUGGGAUACUGAAAUACAUGUUGAAGAUGAUGGAGGUGUGCAAAGCGCAGGGAUUUGUGUAUGGGAUCAUCCCAGAGAAGGGGAAGCCAGUGAGCGGGGCAUCAGACAAUCUUCGUGCAUGGUGGAAGGAAAAGGUGAAAUUCGACCGAAACGGGCCAGCGGCAAUCGCAAAGUACCAGGCAGAUCAUGCGAUCCCGGGCCAAAAUGAUGAUAUUAACUCAGUGGUCGCUACUCCUCACACACUGCAAGAGCUGCAAGACACGACGCUGGGCUCGCUUCUGUCAGCUCUAAUGCAGCACUGUGACCCUCCUCAGAGGAGGUUCCCAUUGGAGAAGGGGAUUGCCCCGCCGUGGUGGCCCACAGGCAAUGAAGAGUGGUGGCCUGAAUUGUGUCUGCCGAAAGAUCAAGGGCCACCGCCGUAUAAGAAGCCCCAUGAUCUGAAAAAAGCAUGGAAGGUGAGUGUUCUCACUGCUGUGAUCAAACACAUGUCGCCUGACAUUACGAAGAUACGGAGGCUGGUGAGGCAGUCUAAGUGCCUGCAAGAUAAGAUGACAGCGAAGGAGAGUGCUACUUGGUUGGCUGUCAUCAACCAAGAGGAAGCGCUGUGCCGUAAGCUCAACCCAGACGCGUGCCCGCCUCCGUCCUCUGUCAUCAGCAAUGGAACCUUCUCCUUCACCAGUAGCAAUGAGUAUGAUGUCGAAGGCGUUGAUGAUGAUUCGACCAUGGAUGCACCAGAAUACAAGCCUCACGACAUUGAUCUCUUCAAUGUGGGAAUGGGGAUCGGAAAAACGAAAGAUAGGCUUCUAGGCCAGCCUCUGAUCAAGGAAGAAUACAGCAGUACAGAUUUCAUCCAGAAGAGGAAAAUGCCUUGUGAGCCUGAUCUGCUGAUGGACCGCCGAAUCUAUACUUGCGAAAACAUUCAGUGUCCUUACCAUGAUGUCCGGCUCGGAUUCUUGGAUAUGAACUCAAGGAACAACCAUCAAGCCAAGUGUGCUUUCCGGCCUACUUACUCGCCAGGCAUUGGAAUGACGGCCUACCAGAUCAACACAGACAAACAGCCCAUUUUUUCUCUGCCCUUUGGCCAGCCUAAGCCAAUGAUGCCGGCAAAUCCACCUUCUGUUAAUGUCUCUGGCUUGGGUAUCCCGACAGACGGACAGAAAUCGAUCAAUGACCUUAUGUCAUUCUACGACAGCAAUCUCCAGUCAAGCAAGAACUCGACGGCUCAUGGGCUCAAGGACAAUCAAAAUCCUCACCAGCAGCAGAAAAUUCAAAUGGACGACUGCAUUCUCCGUCAAGGAAUCGACGCGGGCGGGACCGUCUUCGAAGAAGCCAAUGGCUGCAUCAACAAUCCUCAUUUUCUGAGAGACGAAAUCCAUUUCGAUCAGUGCAAGAUGUUCGAUCAACAGUUCGACAGCGAUGCCAGCGACAUCCCUCCUCACUUCAAAUUCGAACCCGCUUUCAACAAUGUGCCGUCCAUCGAUUUCGCCGACCCUGCACCGAAAGGAGCUGAUCAUCUGCCGAGGCACGAUAAUUCAAUUUGGUACUUCUGAAAGAUGGAAUCAAGUACAUGAUCUAUCAUCUCUCUUGGUGGGGGUGUACAUUUUGACAAUGGUUAUUACUAUGAUCAGGUGAACUUCUGUCUGCAAUUAGUUCUUACUUCAUAAACCGUUCAGUUAAGAACUUCAUUUCAAAAUUCCGGUCAGAAAGAUGAUAAUAUGGAAGGGUUUUAAGGGUUUUUUUUUAAAAGGGAUAUCUAGGGUUUUGCAUUUGAUGCAGAGUGCAGAAUCAGAUAGAGCAAUGCAGAGAUUUUGAUUCUGUCCUGCUUUAAAAUGCUUAUAGAAACUUUCAGUGUCUAAGAACUUUCAAAUUGGUUUAUAGUUGUAUUAUACUGUUAGGGAAAUGCUCACAUCCAACCGAUUGGACCGCUGACUUAUCAUCCAACCAGCAGAUGCUUUUCAUCCUAUCAUGUUUGUGUGAUUUCCAACCUUGUCAAGAAGGUUGGCCCCACCAUGAGAGGAUCAUCCUAUGCAAAAAUCAGCCCAAUACCCGUCGAGAUAAUAAAGAAAUAUUUGUGUGGCCCACCUCAUGAGUGCAAUAGGUUGGAUUGGUUUUUGCACUAGGCUAUUAUUAUGGUGGGGCCAGUCUAUUGGAUGGGUUGGAUUUCACAGACAUAAAUGGUUUGAACUUAUCAGGUAGGUGGACGGUAACUUACGGUCCAGCCGGUUGGAUGUGAGAAUUUCUCAUAGUGGUAUCAUGUGGUGUUAUGUCUCUCUUCAGUUGCAUUCUUACCUUCUAUAGUUUAAGAAAAAUGUUAUACAUGUUUGGUGCUUGAUAUUUAUAGAUUGUGUUUUAGAUGAA